GCCAGCUUUUGCUUUGCUUGAGACAGUGACAGCCAUAAGGGGUAUACGUAAAGGUCAAAAUAGGCAGCAAAUACAGAAUGAGCUGGACCGCGCAGAAGGACUUUGUCAUAUUUGUCAUCUUGGUCUUUGGUUUGCAAGUGUCCCAGAGUUGGGAGGCAAGUGAAUGGGGAGGGAAAUACAGUCAGGAAACCAUCUGCGGUUUGACAGGAACCACCGUGAUCUUCAACUGCUCCUUCUGGUACCCACAAACGCACGACGGCCACAUCAUAACGGUUGAAAAGACACUGUGGUUCACCAAAAGUUACAAUGAUCGACCUGAAGAUCUGACGAUAGACCCUCAGUACACUGAUCGUCUAGACCUAAACUGUCAAGGCAACUCGUGCACUUUGUCAAUCAGAGAGCUGAGAAAGAGCGACGAGGGCAAAUACAAGUUCAAAUUCAUAACUAACGCUCCCAAAGGAGAACACACUGUCAUGUCUGGAGUCACUCUGAAUGUCACUGAUCUCAGUAUAAAAAUGGUUGUGUUUGGUAUGAGGUGUCACAGUGAGUGCCAUUUGGACUCUCCUUCGUACAUCUGGUAUGAGAAUGGGGGAAAAAAAAAAGACUCAAACUUCGUAAUGAUCCCAGAACCAGAUUACGCUAGCUACUCCUGUGCUUUAAGAGGACACGAACAGCAUUUGUCUCCUCCAGUGUGUUGGGGCACCUCAUGUGACAAGGUGGUUUAUCUCUACAAAAGUAUCUGCGCCCUCAAAGGCUCCGAUGUGGACAUUGCUUGCACUUACAGCCACCACAAGACGGUACGGGAAAAAUCCUGGUUCCGCCCAGACAAUGGCAACACUUGGGAAGUUCUCUUAGAGGGUUGGCACCUCCACUUGGACCACCGGUAUUGCAGUUUUGAUAAAAGCUCACAAGCACAUCUACAAAUCGAAAACGUGACAGAGAAUGAUUCUGCAGAGUAUCGCUUCAAAUUCUCCGAAUGGGGAAGCGAUUUACCUGGAACAACAUUGACAGUCACAGCUGCACAGGUGCAGGUGAUCAAGGCCGAAAAGCGAGGCUCUUCCACGAUCGCUUUGCUUUCUUGUCACUUGAGCUGCAGUCCUGAAGCUCGUUUAUCUUGGUGCUGGAUGCGGAAUGGAGGCCAAAAUGUUAAAUGUUCUAAGAUGAAAAAAGAACAGAAAAUAACUUUACGUCAUGGAGAACACAUUACCUGUGCUGUUGAAGGAUAUCCAUUAAGUGUGUCUCUUCCACUAUAUGCUCUGAAAGCCCCCAGAGUGUUCUUGAGUCAUAAAAGUGAGAUCGUGGAGGGUCAUCUACUGACUCUGACCUGUAUAGCUGACACUCCAACAUCAUCGAGACACCGCUGGUACAAGAAAUGCAGAACGUCUGACUGUGAGGUCAUGGGUUAUGGAGAAAAGCUGGUCUUCAGCUCCAUCCAGUCUUCGGAUUCAGCUGAGUAUUUUUGUGCCGUGGAGAAUGAUCUGGGGGAGAAGAUGUCGCAAUCCGUCGUAAUUGAUGUGAAAUAUGCUCCAAAGUUCUCUAAUUAUCGGGUGAUUCCUUCAAAUGUCACCGAGGAGGGACAGCCAGUGAAUCUUAUCUGCAGCAGUGAUGCUAACCCAGCUGCUAGCUACACCUGGUACAAGGACCAAACUAUGCUUCAGGGUUCAGAAAGAUUUUACGUUUUUAACUCCAUAAGCACUGAAGAUGCUGGAAGCUACUACUGCAAGGCCCAUAAUAAAUAUGGAAACGUCAUCUCUUCACAGGUGGUCGUAGACGUCCAAUAUGUUCCUCGGAUACCAAGCAUCUCAGCGAGACCGUGUUCUAACAUCAGCAUGGGUUCUUCGGUCAGAUUGACGUGUACCAGUGAUGCUAACCCUCCCGCUAGCUAUUUUUGGUUCAAGGACCACGAGGAGUCUCCCAAUUCUACGGGGGCUGUGUUUAACAUUAUCAACUUCCAACUACACAACGAAGGUGCAUAUCACUGUGAGGCCCGAAACGUCAGGGGAAGCCGGAGGGCCACACUCCUUCUCAGAGCAGAAAAUUUUAGGUCAUGGUCACAGGGUGCUCUCACAGCGGUAGCUGUACGUUACUCCACAGUCGGCAUCCUGCUCAUCCUGCUUAUAGUCACCGUCCUGCUGUUCUGGAAAAAGACUAGAUCAAAAGGCAGGAUGCACUCCAAAUUUCAGCCAAACACGAAUGAAGACAGCAGCAGGGAUCAACUGAAGGAGCGGGUGGCAUUCUCCGAACACUCUCCAAUCUACGCCAAUGUCACCAACGACAAAACAGACCAGGAUGAGGAUGAAUACGAUAGUGUGGUGGACACAGUCAUCUAAUGUGGUGGCCAAGCCUCAGGAUGAGUUAUGCAUCAUUCUUUUCACCUCUUUGAACAUCAUCCAAAUGACUGUUCGCCUAGAGACUAAAAUUGAUCCAAACAUCCAUGAUUAGUCCACAACACAACUCCCAAUCCAUUCUGAUACUGAUACUGUACAUGCAUGAGUAAAACUGAGUUCAUAAGUCUAAAUACAAUUGCUUGAAAUUAAUCAGGAAGUUAGCAAAUUCGGGUUUGAUAAAGCCAUUUUGGGCGAAUUACCUUAAGAGUAACGCAUGGAAAAACACAGAAAAAUUCAAACUUUAAAAUCCGUUCUUCCCGCUGACACCAAAUCGGGAGAACAAGAGGCAUGAGAAAUUGCCAAGAUUUGAGGGUAGUUUAAGUAAAUGCUUUAUUAAAUAAAUAAAUCAUUGCAAAGCCUUAAAAUAUAUUGUUUUAUGUAAACCAUUUCCCUCCAUUUUUUCCCCACAAACAUUUAACUGUGCAAACACGUGUCAUUGGUAGCCUCUUGAA